UCUCUCUCUCUCUCUCUCUCUCUUUCUCUUUCUCUCGCACACUUGUCAGGGCCACUUGUGGCCGUUCGUCCGUCCACGGGCGCUUUUUAAAGGGCGUGCUGCCCAUCGAUGUUGCGUUUUCUCUCAUUAUCUCCUCAUACGUAGCUUCGCGUCGUGACCCUCUCGCGCCGUGUCGUCGUGUGCCAUCGUCGCCGCCGCUGCUGCUGCUGCAGCAGCCGCUCCUCGAGAGCACCUUUGUCCAUUCGCCGCCGUGCCGUGUAUCGCGUUAUACACAUACGUAAGUGUACAACACGGGGCACCACACGGAGCGCACACUCCGAGAAAAGCUCAGAGUGGAGAAGGACGCGCGCCGUGCGGGUUGGUUAUUUAUCGCGCAUCGAGGAGAGCCUCUCUACCUACCUGUCGCGGUCGCCGAAUCGCGGCACGGGCGCAGUGUGAUUUAAAGGGAUCGAUUUGUCAACAAGUCGAUGAGGGAGAGAGCGCGCGCACAGUGCCCGCGACGUGGAGCGGUGCGGCGGAUUCUCGCCUCGCUUGCGAAGUAUCAUUACGAUUUCCGUCGUGCGCAUCUCUCUCUCUCUCUCUCUCUUCUUUUUCUCUCGUUCUCGCGCGCGUAUGCCCCGAUUCGCGAGCGCUUGUCGUUUUAUUGUAACGUAAAUUCCUUUUAUUACACGUUGAUAAAAGCGGCGCGCUCGCGGUGGUACCUUAUCCAUUUUUCCCUCUCCGAUCGUGUUCGUCUCUCUGCGAAAAAUAUUUUUCUACCGCGACGAGAAAAAAAAAGGAGCGCCGUGAGAAAGAUAAGUUGUUAGCGAUCUCGACGAUCGGUUCUUUCUUUUUUUUUUAUUUCGCUGUUGAAACUAUAGUGUGAAUAAUAUAGUCACAUUUACCUCUUGACCAUUUUAUAUGUGCAUUGGGCUUGGUUACAGAUAAAUCCAGAUUGCGAGCUAUAUCGCGAUUAUAUUAAAAUCUACAAUGGCAGUUAGGUAGUUGUGGAAACUAACGUUGGACAUUCGCGAACUUCGAGCAUAUUUAUAUUUAUUUUGAAGAUGUAAAGAAUACAAUCAUAAUGAAGCCACAGAAGAAGGCUGUUGUUGCCAAAAAGGCAACUAAAAUGCCAACAGUCGCCAAGAAACGUCGCACAUUCACAGAGAAGAUUAUGCCAGAUGUGAAGAGGGAAAAGAAAUCGAAGAAAAAUGAUAAGCUGGAAGAUUCAAAGAGAAAGAUAGACAAUGACAAGAAGAAAUUAGAGAAGGCGGAGGAGAGGAAAAAAUUGGAUGACAAAAAGAAGUUGGAGGAAAAGAAAAAGGAACGAUUGGAUGACAAGAAGAAACAAUUGAGUAAGGAUAAUGAAAAGAAAUCUGACAAAAUUGACGAGAAAAAGGCGGAAAAAAGAGAUGAUAAAGCAAAUAGCGAGGAAAUGAGUCAAGAGAAUACGGACAAGAAGAAAUUACCGAAAUGCGAGGAGAAGGCGAAAUUGGAAAAACAAUCGGUGGAUAACAAGAAGAAAAUAGAGAAAUCGGAGGAAAAGAAGAAGACUGUAAAAUUGGACGAUAAUACGAGUCCCGAGGACAAUGCGAAAUCUUUGAAUACACUAGAGAAUAAGGACGCGUCUGAAAAUAAGAUUGAUAUCCCCUUUGCUCCCGUUAAAAAAAGAAGCAAAGAUGAGAAGAAGAAAGUUGUCAAAAUAAUUAAAUCUGAUCUGAAAUCAGUGUCGAAGAAUUCCAUUGUGAAGGAUAAAAAAUCUGAGCGCAAGAAAAUUGUUGAGAAGGACGCGACGAGCAGCAAUAAGAUUUCUUCUCCUAGAACGAAGAAGGAUUCUAAAACGAAACAAAGUCAGAAGAAGGGCAUUACGAGAAAAACAGUUCUGACAAAGAAGCCUCAUUUAUCGGUAGUUAAAAGACUGGUGGACAAGAGGAUCAAGUUAGUUAAGCCGAUGAAAGAUGAAGAAAUGAGCGAGGACGAGGACGCGGUCAAGAAAGCGAAGAAGAAGAGUGGUAACUUUGCUAAGAGUAAGACUCUGCAAGAGAAGAAACCAAAGCUAGCUAAGCACAUGAAAGCCAAAUUGCCUCAGAAACAUUCGAAGAUCAGUGCUGUUCUGAAAAGGGAAGACAAGUUGAAAACUAUAACGGAGAAGAUUAUGGCGAAGAAGAAAAUUGAAUUGAAAGAGUUUGACGAAGUUUCGAUCGAACAUAAAAAGAUCGCGAGCAAAGACGACGCCUGUCAAGGGCCAGAAGUGAGCAGCAUUAAAAGCGAGAUUGAAGAAGACAAGGAUUCCGAUAAGUGCAAAGAGGAGAGUAUUCAACCAAAAUUGCAGGAUAAUAAGAAAGCUAUCAAAAGUGGUAACAAAAUUAGCUGCAAAGCUCCGAAGAAGACCGGGAAAACGAUAAGGGUACAAACGGAGAGCAAUAAUCAAACGUCAGUUUUAUCCGAGGAUGCAUCUGCUGAGGAAUCCAACAAACAAUCGAAAAUCUCCGAAGAUGGUGCAAAGUCUGUCACAAAUUCCAAACAGGAGCAGCAAAUCGGCGCUGAGAAUAUGAUCGAAUUGAAUCUGAAGGUUGAGGCAAUGAAUGGUGAGAGUGCCAGUGGCGUUACAUCUCAGUCUGACUCUGAGGAUGAUUCUGACGACGAGUACAAGAAGAGUAAGCAAAAGGAUACCAAGAACAAGGAGAGGGCUAGCUCGCCAUCGGACGAACGUGCGCGACGAAUGCGACUUUUUGGCUUUUGGAGCGGACCAAAACGACACAGGGUCGCAUCAUUGAAUGCCUUGGCUAAAGUUCACUGCCUCUACGAAAAUGAGACCGGCGGAGUCUACCUUGGUGGUUUUUGCAAACCGAAACCCGAGAAGGAGAAGGAGAAGGAGAAGCCGAAGAAAAUGAAGGAGGAAAAGGAGGAGCAGCCACGUAAGGAGAAGGAGAAGAAAGUCGAAUGCAAAACGGAGGAGAACGUUUCGAAGAGAAAACUGAGAAAUGUGCCGGGAUUACGUGGCAAACAUUGGGAUAUGAUGGAGAGUUCGUCAUCUUCGUCCUCCUCCGAUGAGGACUGCGAGAAGGAAAAGAGUGCUGAACCAAGCAAGAAGAAAAUGAUCAAGAGGAGAAAGAGAAACGAAGAAGUAAUGGACCUUAAAGACAUGGUUGUUUGCAAGAGGAUGGCCAGUCUUAAUGCCACUGCCAUUUUGGCUGCUUCCUACUCCGAUGAGAAAAAUCGUUGUGGUAGCAGCAACAGCAGCAGCGAUUCCUCCAGUGAAUCGGAAGUAGAGAUAAUUAAAAGACGUAGACAAAAUGACUCAGACGUAGAUAAGAAGAAGUCGAGACAGGGCUCCGAUCCGGAGGAGGUUAUUAAGCCAUCCAAGAAGGUUGUCAUCGUUAACCAGGACACUGACGUCACUAUCACUGGUGUAUACGUCAAUCAGACCCGGUCUACCCAUCACGAAGGUUUUUGCAGUAUUGCCGGUAUGCAGUACAGAAUCAGUUCUACCAGUCACACUCAAACUGCUGCUACCGCGGUGGCUACUGAACUUCACGAUCAGCAAAAACCCGAACAGCCUUGCAAGUCCUACACGCCACUCGGUGCAUUGUCUUCUAUGCAGCCACCAGGUAGCCAGGGUAAUCAUCCUAACAUGUCACCACGCAGGCAUUCAGCAUUCUCGGCCCCUCAUCAACACGGGUAUUAUCAGCCGGCUGGUCCACUGAUACAGCACCCACCGCCACCACCACCAACCCUACCGCCCAUUAAGGGGCCACCUCCGGAACCGACACCCACGCCUCCCCAAAACUCGGAGAGUUCGGACGAUCUGGUUGCCACUUCCACGACUUCGGGAGGCACAAGUAGCACGGGUGGAGGCUUUUAUAGGACAUAUUGCCCGCAAUACUACGGCACGCCGCCGCAGUAUCCGGAUCUGUGUUAUCCGCCGACAUAUUCUCAUCCUCACGCUCAUCCGCCGCAUUACUACAAAUACCCGCCCACUUAUAGGAGGCAGUACUAUGGCUAUCAAGAGUCCGGUGGGGGUGGCGGACCACCGCCGGGCAGCGGAGCCGCCGGAGGUGGUCCUGGAGUCGUUGAUUACCAGCCACCUCCGCCACCGCCCGGCGAAUAUCCGCUACCUUAUUACGGGGGAUAUCCUCCGCCCCCCCAUCCGCCGCCGCCGCCACCUCCGAAUCCGGCAUAUCUGCAUUCUCAGGGAAGACCUUUCGUAGACCCCUUUCAGGGUUGUCCAUGCCCGAUGCAAUCGUGUCCAAAAAACGUGGAUACUGGGGCCCUUAUUGGUAAUGGUAAGGGAGCGCCAGUGGUAUCGGGGCCCGGUCUGUCAUUGCCACCCAGUGCUAUGGUAGGUCCGCCCUCGCCGGCGAGGGGGCUAGCCGGGCUAGCUCCCCCUCACGGUGCUAAUGCCUGGGAUACAGAUCGCGUCCAAAUCAACACUCAUCGCAACCUAAAUCAGAACCAACCCCCCUCGGUCCCGCCGUCGCACAAUCUAGUCGGUGGGCAUAGCCGCCUUCAGAACCAAGACUGUAGGAGUAAGGACGAGCAAAAUUGUACGGAGGAUACGCUGAGGAAAUGCGGUUGUCAGAACGCGUGCACGUCCACUUGCGAGGUCAAGAUAGAAACGUUAUCGCCCACUGAGAAAUUGUCCGUGUCGGCAAACUGUCCCAGCAGCAAGUAUCACAAUUUCAAGUUGGAGAACAACAAUGUUAAAUGCGAAUCCUGCAGCAUGGAGAUCGACGGGUUGCCGUGCGUCGCCAAUUGCAACGUUGUCAAGUGUGAAUCGGAUUACAAGUGCGACAUCAUGAAGUGCGAGCAGUGCAUGAAGGAGGGAGCGAUACUGGAGAUGGACAAGGAUUCGGGUAUCGUGCUCGACGACAAGCUCGACGGCGAUCCCGACGUUAAGGAGGAGUUGGACGUAGUUGUGAUCGACAGCGAUGAGAGUUGGAAAAAGCCGGAUUAUGAGCCGACCGUGCAAGAGAACGUCGACGAUAAGGAGGAGGAUGACGAGGAAGAGGAGGAGGGGGAGGGGGAAGUGGAGGAGGAAAUUAUGCAGAGACCGAUCGUGACCAAGGUCGAGGCCGAUGCUGAGACCGAGGAACAGCCCAAGUGCCAAAAGGUGACGAAGAGGAAACUCUCGCUGGAUAGCUUAUCGGACAGCAAGAAAAAGAGGAAACUGAGCAAGAGGGCCCUGUCGGUAGGCUCGUCUCAGGAUGCGAAUAACGAGGAAUCGGUCAAUGUCGUUUCACCGCCGAUCGAGCCGCUGCCGAAUAAAGCCGAUAACGUGAGAGCCGAGACGACCGCCCCGAAGAAGAAGCAAGCCAAGAAGGAAACGGGACCCCGGGGUCAAAAGCGCAAAGCGGAAGCACCGAGCGCGAACGAGAGCGCGACUAAAAAGGUGAAGAGCGGCGGCAAGCAAAACGUCGCGAAUUGUUUGAAACGGACCGCCAGCGAUAUUUCGAUAAUGGAGACCAUCAACGACGUAAUACAGAAGAGUCUGCAGAUGACGCAGAGGAAAGACCGCAAGAACAAGAACUGCGAGCGCGUGGAAAAGAAAAGGAAAAGCGUGAAAGAGGAAUCGUUGCCGGCGGCGAAGAGGCCCGCGAAGAAGAUCGAUCAGGUGAAGGAGCAGGCCCUUGAGAAGGUGUCAAAGACAGUUUCGAAGAAUAGCCAAGCCAAAAACAAGACGGACACCAAGCCGAAACUGAAGGCCACUCAGGACGGCAGGGUCAAGGUUGGUAAAGGCAAGAUUGGCAAAAUCGUGGAGGCGAAGGCGCAGGAUACGAAACCCAGGGCACAAGAUUCGAAAGCGCGGGACGGUUCGAAGAAGCGCGAUAUCCUGUCUAAAACCAAAGCGAGCGACGUCAGCGAAGAUCCGAAAAAGAAUCCAGCUGUAAUUAAGAAGAGGCGGAAGAGCGCGAAGAAGGUGGUGAACGCCAAGAAAUCGGGCUGCAAAGUGGAGAAUUCCUCGCUUGGAAAUGAGAGUCUGACGUUAACGAGAAAAACGUUCCUGAAACCGAAGUGGAACAACGGAUGGAGCUGGGAGGGGGAGCCCUUUGAAGCCAAAGUUUAUCUAACGAACGAAGAAACGGCCAUACGGCGAUGUUACGCGAGUAUGAGUCACGAGAGCGGCGACGUAUUGCGGCCUCGGGACUGCGUAUUGCUGAAGAGCGGUACGCGAAAGGGUGACUUACCUUAUGUGGCGAAGAUCGCAGCGCUAUGGGAAAAUCCGGAUGACGGUGAGAUGAUGUUUUCGUUGCUGUGGUACUACAGACCUGAGCACACGGAGCAGGGUCGAACGCCACACGACAGCGAGGAUGAGGUAUUUGCCUCGCGUCAUCGGGAUGCAAACAGCGUCGCUUGCAUAGAAGAUAAGUGUUACAUCCUGACGUUUAACGAAUACUGUCGGUAUCGUAAAAACUUACGGAGGAUCGAAGAGGGCUUAGAAAAUCCUGGCUUGAUAGUUCCGCCAGGGGACCAAGUGUAUCCAAGGGAGAAUCGGCAACCUCCUAUACCAGUACCAUCAGACAUGGUGCUCUUCUGCCGACGUGUUUACGACUAUCGUGGGAAAAAGCUCGUGAAGAACCCUGGAUGACUCGAAUUUCUGUAAGAUGCAAAUCGAAGGAAGCUUAGGUCACACAUUGAAACUGGCCGCAGGUCUCCUUUCAAGCGUAAUUGCGUCGCUGUUGAUCGAUUUGUCUUGAUUUCGAGGGAUAAUAAGAUCCGAUUGCCUUUGUAACGAAUUAUCCGAUUCCGCAAGCACACACACACACAGCCUCUACUUCUUCCACUUUUACUCAUUUGCUAAAAAAACAGCUUUUGCAUGGAGAAACAUUCGAUUCUGUGCUCAAAACUGUUAGAGAGAGUGAAAAAAAUAGGGAUGCGCGAGUGUUUCAAGAACAAUUGGAUCUUCCACCCUUAAACGUAGAAAGAUUUUUAGAACAUCGCGUGAAAGAAGAUUCGCAGAAAAAAAGAAUGGCACCUCAUGUAUAUCCUCGUGUAUAUUGUAAGGCUACAUUUAUCGCGCCGCUUAUAUUAAUCGGUCUUUCUAUUCUGCUCUGCGAUAUCAUAGAAAUCAUGAUGAAUCGUUCAUUAAUUCUGGUGAUAGACGUUGCGUGGAGUUCAUGUCGGCGAAUCGGGCGCGAGAAAGCGCGCCGAGCGUUCGAACCGAAACGAUAUAGAUCAAUUACAAGUUCCGGAUGAUAUUUUUCCAAAGAUGGCAUUAUCCACAUGUUCCUCUUUCGUGGGCGAUUGCGAGCUUCCGCCCCCUUCGUACUUUAUAUUGUCCGCCGACACGAACGAAACCAACGUACAAUCUCGAUAACGUGUAUAAUGAUGUUUCUAGGCGAGUUAGUGGAAUUUGACAAUUUUAUAGAGAGAAUCAUAUUUUUUGUGAGAUAGCAUUUUACACAACACUUAAAUGGAUAUUUUUCACAUAGGAGAUAACAAAUGCACGACGCCGUAAUAUGUCGUGUGUUACGACGCCUUAACUUGAAGGGAACCUACGAACAGUUUCAAAGAUAAGGAAUCAAAAGCAGGGACGAAAUUGCGAUUAUUUAGCGAGCGUUAUGUAUAUGUAUAAGCUCUACCGAACUUUUCCGAUUAGGAGGCCCGGGCGAGGAGGCGAACAUCAAGCGUGUGCGACAUUACACUUCCAUUGUCCCAUGAUGUGUUUGCAUCUGUUUCUCGGGGACACGACUUUUCCCCGAAAUCCGAUCCGCGCACAUAUUAUCAUCCUCGUAAACGUAAUCAUUGUAAUGUAAAUGCAUUUCUACGAACAGUGCUGAAGACAAAAAAUAUUUCAAGACUGGAAGUGGCUCGAUUCGUAUCGAAGAAUUUAACUGAUAUAUGUAGAUGCGCGCGAAAUGAUCGCCUUAGAAAAUCUUUUAUAGAUAUUUUAGAUAUUUUGAGAUUAUAAGAUUUUUUAAGUUUUUAAAUUUUUUUCCAGAAAUUUAUACUUUCUUUUUCUCUUUUAUCUCUCUCUCUCUCUCUCUCUCUCUCUCUCUCUCUCUAAAACAUCUUGCAUGCCGAUUCUAAAAUACACUAUCGACAAAUUAUAUUUUUUAGACUCAUUCCAAUCUCUAAUUUAAUAAAUGAUUAUUUUGACGAGAAAAUUCGUGGAUCGAGCCAUUUCUAUUUAAUAGGCCGCACCUAUUUAGUGAAAAAAUGUUUGUUUGCUCGUUUUUUUAUAAUAACUCCUUCCAAGAAUGCAGGAGGCACAGACAUUUAAUUAUCAGGGACGUUUGUGUUUUGACCUGUCACGCACCGCGAGUCGCGCUUCUACGUGCAGUUUUGAUUUCUAUACAUAUAUAUAUACAAUAUACACACACGAUUAUUAUUUUUAUUUUUAUUCGUAACGAUCUCUAAGAUCUAUGAUGAGAAAGAAUUGUAGUUGUAUAUUAUAUCCGCCUAUAACUUAGGUAUAUAUUAUAUAUAUAUAUAAUUUUGAUUCAUAAGAAAUCUAUAUAUUAGCGAUUAGUAGUCAGUACUCGCGGUAGAAUGCCAAAAACAACCAAAACAUAUUCACACGAAUUACGAAAAACUUUUUUUUAAUGCAAGCCAUUAAUAUUAUCGCGACAUACCAAAAUUUAUCACGAGAUCAUCGAUAAGUAAAUUCUAUGGGAAUUUCUUCGAAUCAUGUUAAUUUUAUUUACAUUUGUUGAGUGUAGCGGGCGGCUUUGUUGGAAAUCAUAUUAUUUAAAAUUAAUAUAUUGAUAUGGUUAUUAUUUAAUAUCUAAUAUAUUGGAUAUAUAGGUAUUAAGUUAUUUUGCGAGAGAAUACUAAGGGAUAGACGAAUAGAAAAGAGCGCGCGCGUGAUUACGGCUGUAUGUAUGUGUAUGUGUGAGAUGGAAGAGAAGAGACGAGAGGAUAGACGAGCAUUGUUAUAAAUAAGCGGGUAAGUCGAAAACGCGGUAGAAAAAAUGAGUGAAAGAAAGAGACAGAGACGAGUGUGGGACAAUGAUGACAGAUCAUGUUUAUGAGAAAUUUCGCGAUACCAAAACAUUCUUUCACAUGCAAAAUCUUUUCCUUGCGAUUCGAAGUGCAUCUCAUAACGUAUCCGGAUAGUCAGUCCUCAAUGAGAUGCGCUCGACGUAUUUCAUAAGGAAUCGACUUAGUCUUACGUAAACACACCGUAAAAACACACAACGCGUGGGUUUCGACGAGCGCCGUUCCGAAUCGAGCGUUGAAAAGUGCUCCGAGUUCUUACGCAACACGCACUUCCUCUUACCUCCGCGUGCACAUAUCGGGACCGAGAGGGAUAGACGCCCCCCCCCCUGUCAACGUCUAACACAAAAAUUCCAAAGAGACAGCCUCGCAAUGGGGCGCGAAUCGCGGCACUCGUCGACAAUCCACGCCAGGUUCUUGCGUAAUCUUUUUAUAGAUAGUUUUAUAUUCCUUUUUAACGCGCAAAAGAUGAAAUAAGAGAGAAAUGGGAUACGAGAGUGCGGAGGAUAGUUUUUUCUACAGGGAAGAGGGCGGUAGCGAGAUCGGGGAGAACGGUGUGAUACAGACGGAACAAUAAGACAUGUCGGAGAAAUAUCAAGAAAAGGGGAAAGAGAUUGAGGAAAAACACGGAGAGAGUUAUAUACACUUGCGUGCGACUGUGUAGUGUCGCCGGAGCGAGGCGUGCUUGCGUGGAGAUCAUUGAAACAAAACAGACGGGCCGUAAGCGCCUGUGUAAAUAUUGUGUAUUCGCGUAAUGUGUAAUACCUAAAUGAAAAAGAAAAGGGAGGAAGGAGAAGAGAAAAAGAGGAAAAGAAAGAAAGACAAGAGAGAGAAAGAGAGGAGCGGCUCUCUGUGGAGAGCCGCGUGCGCGCACGGUGCGGUUGUAAUUUUCAGGAACUUACCUACCUAACGACGGUUAACAUGGGAACAUUGCACACACACAAUGCAUAUCCUCUGUUCAUUUUACGUAGCCGACGUAACUUUUUCCAUCAAGAGCGUGAGCAGUGAGCCUCCUUUUAGUCAUUCGUAGGAGCUCGGCGUGGUGCGCGAGGCUUGCGCUGCCUCCACCCCCCGCCCGCCUCCGUGCUCCCUCCUUGCAUCCGCUUUAAUCAAAAUGCAACAAGUGUCGGCCGUGCGCGCUCACCGAGAUCGGGUCGACGCCGUGUCAGUCGCGCCGUCAUAUCGCUCGCUCGAGACGCUAUGCCGAUUAACGAGCGUGACUGCUAACGAAUUUGACUCAUAUUGAGUACUCGAUCGAUUGUAUUUGUCAUGUUAAUCCUUAACUGUUAAGGCGUUAAAGGGAUCAUGUAUCUAUAUUUCGAGAUAAAUAGUGAUUCACACCCCGUUAAUAAUGGGAGGGGGAAAAAAAUAUUAGAUACAUAUUUUUUAUUUCUUUGUAUUACUUUGUAGUGCGCUUACAUCAAACGCGCGAAAUAUUGAGCUUCUUAUUUAUGUAUCAUACAUGUAGUUGUUUUUUUGAAAUUAAAUAUUAAUAAAAAAAUCGGAUCAGUUAAUUUUCAAUUUAGUCAGAAACUACAUAAUUUUACUUGAACCAAUAAAAAUCAACCCAGAUAAUACAAACGCGACUAAAAAACGUCACGAAAAUUUAUUUGUGAGACGUUUGAUGGAUUCUUGUAUUAUUUGGGAGAGAAAAAGAAAAACAUAAACCAACUCCUCCAUAAUAUAUUAAAAAUAUAUAUUUAUUAAAAAAUCAUUGAUUAUAUUGACGUCAUAACAAGCAAAGACGCUACAGCGAAGGACAUGGGCUGCGUUCGCUUUAGCGCUUACAACAUUAUAAACAUCGUUUGAUCCUUGUUAUUUAUUAAUUAAAUAUUUAACAAGAACAGAUGACGCAAGCAUUGUAAUUGCCAAAGCGAAUGCAGCCACAAAAUUCGAAGGAUUUUUUAGGAAUUAAGCGUUUGUGAGAUUAUUUGUAUCACUAAUAUAUCGUCAGAUAAAGAUUGAAAUCGCGACAUUUCUGACAUUUAUGGAACAUCGUUAUGGGAGAAAAAGAAUAUCUCAUUUUGAAUAGAUUCUCUAGCGUGCGAACCGCGAUCGUUGCCCGAUCUCGAGAACGCGACCGCUAUUUAUGAACGAUCGACCCGAUGAACUUUCAUUGCGCGGCGUUACGCGGUUUGCCGUGCGGAUGCACGAUUUCUUCUGGUUUAUUUGAUCGGAACGGGAGACGCGCGAUUGUAUUUGUAGGUGAUGCCUCGUUCUCAUAGCUGCGAGACUUGUAUAUCCUCUUACAUCGCAUGUUAUCUUCUUUUUUUAUUUAUAUACCACAGUGCAUUAAUGAACCAUAUGACAUUAAUAAAUGCACGAAUUAUGAGAUCAUUGGAUGACCUUUAUAUUUGAAGAUGAAUGAGUUUGGUAGUUUGAUACUAAAAUGAAUGUCUGCUCCUUUUGUUUACGCUUUUACACGGAAAAAAAAAUGAUUUUAUGCGGCACUUUUAUUAUUUUUGUUUAUAUUGUUAUAAAAAUGUACGUAUAUUUUUCUGUAUCAUUUUCUUACAUCGCUGUUUCUGAUGCAUGUUUCUAAUUAAUGUUUCUUAAGAGUAUUUCAUGAUACUUUGAAAUGUCAAAUAAAAUUUCAAUGUACUUGUGAAUGCAAAAGUAAAUUAUAUAUUGCAUUAUACACUAAUAACGCAUACAUAAUUUUAUUGCUUGGCUUAGCAUAACAAGACGUGAAGCUAAUAUAGGAUAAAAAUAUCGCAAAAUGUUUAACUCUAGGUAUACAGUCUAGGCUCUCUGAAAUUUCAGUGAAAUUUCGAAACUCUAUUGAUAGAAUUAAUAGAAAUAUUGUGUUUUUCAAUAUUUCUUAUGAUUUUAGAUUAUUUUUGAAUGAAUUGAUGUAUUUUUUAGUUCAUUUACAAUUGAUAAAAAAAUUAUAAUACGGUAAUUUUCAUCUACUAUGAUGAAAAAAUUGGCGGACCUCUGUGUGGAAAACCACAGUAUACGAAAAAUAAGUAUGUAUACCUAGGGUUAAUUACGUGCAACAUAUGUUAGCUUAUAAAUUUGUUUUCUCUAGAAAGUAAAUGGAUUAAUGUUUUACGUGAUCUCUCAGAUUGCGUGCCUAAAUGAUUUAAAUUAACAUAGUCUCUUUUUCUUUGUUGUUGUCGAUUUAAUAAUAAGCCCAGCAGUAAGGUUAAAAUGGAGAAUUAAUCUUUUUUUCUUUUUCCUUUUUUUCUUUUUCCUUUGAAAAAAAAGUCUGCAUACAAUUGUUAGUUUCUCAUUUAAGACACUGUUGUCAUUUACAUUAAUGAUAAAUUUCCUGUGUAGACACGCGAUCGAUUUUUCGAUGCAAUAGCUAUUGCUAUUUCAAUUCGUUUUUCGAAUUGUACUUAUCUAAUAUCAAUUAUAUCGUGUCUAAAUAUCGUGUUGAAAUAUGUCGGAAAAGUGCGCAAGACUCGCAGGCGAAUCACGUCCUUGAAGAAGCGAGGCAUGCCUAGGAAUUGCAUGCUUGUAAUUGUAUAUCGUUGAAAGAGCGUCUUGAGUCGAGAAUUGUUGGCAGAAAUAAACAAGAAGUCUAAUUUACCAAGUGUCUUACUGUAAAGUAUCUACUUCGAUUAUACCAAUAAAUGAUGGAUACGGGUUCGCAGUAUGACGGCAGGAAGUGUCAAGUGAUUCGACGUUUUAAUCACACGAACUCUCACAAGUCGCAAAACGUUCGAAAAUAUCAAUUUUCGAGAACCUAUAUCUAUAUCUAUUUGUAUUGUCAUUAUUGUAAGGAAAAGAGAGGAUUGUGUCCUAUGAUAAAAAUUUACUCCUACUCGUAUGCACAACUCUUAUCGUGAAAAAAGCCAAAGUAUUAAUUUAUUUUUGUGACUUCGACAAAUUUGCGAUGUUAUCCUUCUGUUUAAGAAAUUAGAUUAUAUAUACACGAGAUGUGCUGUACCUAUAUGGUUUAUGUGCUUGCCAUGUCAUAACGAUUAAUUGUUCGUCUUUUUUAUUCUUUUACAAUUGUAUUUUAUUUUGGACUUUUUCUGCAUUUAAUUUUCAUUGAGGACUUGCAGGCACACGACUCUUGUGCGAUAGACGUGUACGUGUUAGAUAAUGCAAGUUGUUUGUUUCUGUAUUUAAGCUUUUGAAAAAAAGAAUGAAUGAAUGUUCUUUAUAUUUACAAAUAAUCCGCUUUUAUCUAAAGAGACGCUAAGAUUCCGGCGUUAAAUAUUUUUCCGCUUGAAAUUAGUAUCGAUUAGGGAUUGUUUGGACGAAUGCGAACGGCAAACUGAGCAGCAACGCCACACAGGAGCAUACAAAUACAAUAAAAAAAAGAAAAAAAAGAAAAAAAGAAAGAAAGAGAGACAGAGAGAAAGAAAGAGGUAUUAUUUGUACACGAAAGCUGAGAUAAAGGUAUAUAUAAAUAAUAUAUAUAUAUGACAAAGUAUAUAUAUAUAUUUAGGUAAUUAGAAUAAAAAAAAUAUAUAUGUAUAUGAUUGAGAGAAAAUGAAUAAUUAUAAAUAUGGCGUACACAUACACACAUGGACACAUAACACGGCAUACACACUCGCAAGUAAACUUAACACGCAUACAAGUUACACGGUACAGAGCAAUACGUGAUACUUCUGUGGAGGACAGGGAACAAGAAGAUAAUACAAGUGCCAGGGAGCAUUCCUAGGAGAAAUUUGUUGUUUUGCCGUCUAUGGUGUUUUUCUUUCUUUUUAUCCUCGAUACUGCGUAUCUCUAUUAGCAAGCGAGUCGCCUCGCGAUCGCGUAGGAUCGUUCUUAAGUUCUGUCUGUAUUUGUAAAAUUAUUGAAGCAAAGCGACGAAUUACGCGACUCGCGUAGAUGUGAUUAGCGCGUUUCUCGAGUGGAGAACCGCGAUGGUGUCAAGCGUGUUGGCGAAAAGUUUUACCUACUCGUGUUCAUGAUUUUUCACAAGUAUCGUAAUCAAUGUUUUGCUUAUGAGGAAGUAGCGAAUGCCCCGAUAUCUUUUAUUACAAAAAAAAUGAGGGUAAAAAAAUUCACAAAUUAAGAGAAGUACAUGUAGAAAUAUCGCAUAGAUGUUUUUACCCUGUCUAACGUAAAAGAGUUUGGAUAACAUUUAUAAUUUAUAUGUACGUACAAGUAUAUACUCGUUUUAUAUCGAUUCGCAAACCAAAAGACGCGUUUCCAUCGAACGCGAACGAUAUAAUGCACAAGUCGCAUCCCAGUAAGCAAGAAAUAUUAAACUAACAUUUAAAAAUAUUGAUUUUACGUACGUUUUCCGAAAAUUCUAAAACAAUAUUAUACUGUAAACAUUUUAAGAUUAUUUGAUGUAUAAUUUUUUGGAACAUUGUUCAUUGAAAUGUUCUAAAAACAUCGCUUAGUCAUGAUCAGUUUCAUUUUGAUGUUGUAUGCUACGUUAAACAAAAUAUUUAAAAACGUUACAUAUUAUUGAAUAUCAUUGUAAUAACGUAGUACGAUUUUCUGAUAUGAAGAAUAUUGUUACGCUGAAGACGUCAAAGUGAAUCGAAAUGUUCGUGAUUUUAAUUGAUUACUUUUAUAAUUAUUUAAAAAAUGUUAAUAUGAAGAGUUUAAUAAUAAUUAAAGCUGUACAUUAAUAAUUGUAUUUGACUCUUAUUAGCCUUGCUCGAAUAUUAAAUGAAUUUAUUCUCACUGUGGUAUUCCUAGUAAAAAAAUGACUUAUCAAAACGAUAUCAAUUUGAUGAUUUCGACGUCGAAUUAAUAUCGAUUCGACAUCGAUUCCAUUAUCAUGUCUUAUUGGGUUUAGUAUUCCAGUAGGCAAGAAAUAUUAAAUUAAAGAUUAGAAAUGUUCAUUUCACGUGCAUUUUUUGAAUGUUUUAAAAUAAUAUUGUAGAAACAUUUAAAAAAGAUUAUUUGAUAGGGUAACUCCGGCAUACACCGUACCUAACAAAAACUUAAUUUAUCAAGCACUAUUGACCAUGUUUAAGAAAGACAAACCGUAUCAAUAAAAAUUUUUACCAUCUACUACUACAGAAAAAAAUUAGAAAUAUGAAAUAUUUGAAAAAAAGCUUUAAAAAACCUGUAUUCAUAGUCCUUCCUUAAGAAAUGAGGAUUUUUUAUUCCUGUUCAUCUUUGUUUUGAGUAUGAUAAAGAGUAGUACGCUAAAUAAAGACGGACAGUAUUAAGGAAUCUUCGUUUUUCAAGGAAGGACUAGGAAUACGGGCAUAAAUCUUUUUUUUUACCCUUUCUCCAGAAAGAAUAAACAUUUCACGUUGUAAUACAUCGCUGUGCUUAUAACAAUACUAAUAUAACAUAUAAAGACAUAUAACAAAGUGCAAGCAAGCUAUCUUCACUCCUUCUAUUUUUUUUUUUUUAUUUCGGCGUAAAACUCCAUGCGGCAAAUACGAGUACUCUCCGGUAAAUGCCAGAUUUACCCUGUAUGAAUUUUCGAAACAUUGUUGAAAUGUUUUAAAAGCAUUAUCUCCAUGUCACAACUUGUUCAUAUUGAUAUUGUAUACAACGCAAAAUGCAACGUAUUUAAAAACGUUACGUAUUACCGAAUACGUAUCGUUGUAAUAACAUGGUAGUAAUGAUUUUAUGCUUGCUGAGAUGUUUCGCUUCUUGUGCCACUAUUUCUCAAAGUUGCAAUAUCACUUUCGAAUGUCUAGCGAUGCACAAAUAAUUUGCAGAUGGCCACUCACUAUGAUUUAAGUUUGUUAAUACACAGAUUAUGUGCGAUGAACGAAGAUGAGAGAAGCAACGACAAUUGUCGAUUAAAGAUUGGCUGCAACAUCAAUAAAUUUCAGCGCAUUUCAUUCUUGGAAUAAGGUAUUUCUAAGCGGUGAGCAAAGAUUAAGUGAACAUCGCAUCCAACCAGCUUGACACUUCGCGCAUUUUCGCUCUCGGACUCGACGAGAAUUAGACUCAUAGCUCGUGUAAACUCGUCUCCAUCCCGUGCGAGAGAACGCUAGCGGUGCCACUUUGGAAGUUUCGGAAGCGAUUCCCACACUGUUAAGUCGUCGCGCGACCACGAUUCUCUACCACGUAACACGAAAAAGUUAACAAAUAAAUAAACGUUUCACCGGCAGUCGAGUGCUUCCUCGAGGUGUCACGCGUUACUUUCUCAACGGUAUAUUUCGUACAAAUACUAUACUACUUUUAGACGUAAUUUGUAAGCUUCGUAGAGUGAAAAAAAAAAUUUGGGAAUUAAGCGAUGUGUACGGAUCGCGGCGCGGACGAGCGCGAUUUCACACGAUGAGGGGAAGCGGUAACUUCCGCUUCUCUCUUUCAAAGUAGAAAGGAAAGAAAACGAAGUUAUCACUGCGACAUACCGCGCGUGUUCUCGCACGCGCAUUCGCACCGGGGUUUUUGUUCUCGUCGCGCUCGCUCGUCCCGCCGCGGAUCCGCGUUUUAGAACCGCAAUGUGUUUUUCACAGACAACCGACGUAAAUAUCUCGCGACCAAGCGCAGAGACCGUGGACGACGUGAUAGGCGCACGUCGUUGUCUUGUAACAUUGUAAAUUACUAUAAAAUGGCGAACGUUUAAUAAAUUAUUUGAUCAAA